AUGAAGUCGACCCUCACGGCCGAAUCCUGUCGAAGGGAAGUGCGAGAGCUUCGGUUACAAUGCAGAAAACUCUCCAGCAGCAAUGACGAGCUAAAAUUGGCCGCCGAUGCCAGGAGAAAGGAGGCUUGUGCGUCCAGAAGGAGGGCCGACGCCGCCCAAAAGGAGCUCGAGGCGGAGCGGAAGUCCGGCGUGGUGCUGAGGAGGGUCCGUGAUGCUCUGCAGGUGGCCGCGGCCGCGGACAGAAAGUCGAUCGACAGGCUUCAGGGGCAGCUGUGCAAGGGGUCGCCCAGCUCCCGCCUCUUGGACAAGGCGCGCUGCCUCAAGAGGACCGUUGAGGAGCUCGAGAGCAAGUCGACCGAGCAGGCUGAGGCUCUUAGCGCUAAGACGGCUGAGUUGGAAGCCUCGAGGCGAGAGGCGAGAGCGUUGGCGGCGGCCCUUGGAGUCAGAGCAGAGAAAGCAUCGCUGGCUGGAGUCGCUACAGGGCCCGUCACCGUCGAUGAGUUGUUGGAGGUGGGCCGAGCUAAGCUGAUGAAUCACGACCUCGCGUUGGGCAUGGCGCGCCUUUCCGAGGCGUCGGGAGUCCUAGCCUCGGAGAAACAGGAGCUGGAGGACCUGCUGGUGAAAAAAACGGCCGAGAUCGAGCGGUGCAAGGCCCAGACUACUGAAGUUCAGGGCGAACUUGAGCGGGAGAGGAAAGUGGCAGAUGGUCACCGCGCGGCGGCGGCCGAGGCAAACGCCUCCACCAGGGAAGCAAGGGGGCUUGCAGAGACGUUGCGAUCGAAGGAGGAGGAGCUGCGUGAAGAGCUGAAGGUCGCUGCAAGCCAACGCGAGGAGCUUGAGGGGAAGCUGGUGACGCUCUCUGAGGCUGCGGACCGCGGCGAGGUCAUGAGGGCGAAAGCGGAAAGUCUACAAGCCGAGCUGGAUGCACGCGAGACGGCCCUCUCCACGGAAACGCAAAAGAACGAGCACGUAGCUGCACAGCUUGGCGCCUCGAAGGAAAGCUUGUAUCGAGCCCAACAGCGGCUUGAAGAGCUGGAGGGCGUUACGCGCGAGAAUAGACGCCUUGAGGCCCUCCUGCAGGAGGAAGCGGCCCUGCAGGCGGCAUUGAGGGAGGACGUCAACGCCGCCAAGGAGGAGCUGCGCGUCGCAGUUGCGGAAAGGGGUGAGCUGAUGCGGGGGCUGCGACAGGCGAAGGUCUUCAAUGACGAACUUGCGAAGGGCAAGGAAAAGGCGGAAGAGCGUGAGCGAGCAGCAUGCGCCCAGUGCAUCGACACCAAGGAGGGAAAGUUGGCGCUCCAGAGGGCCUUGCUCGAGCAGCUGUCCGCCUCCCGCGCGGAACUCCGUGAGGAGCAGAAACGGUGCCAAAAAGCGGAGGCGACCCUAGGCAGACUUGCCGAUUCAGCGGCGAAAAGAUCGAGAAACAGGGGCCUCCCACCUUUGGAGGACGAUGGCGAAAGCGACGAAGGCGCUUCCGUUUCGUUUGAGGAGAGCGAUGGCGUAAGUGCGAACCGUUCUAUAGGUGCAAGCGGCACACCUACUACUGCUUCUGCCGCCGUAACCUCUUCGUUCGAGCCGCCCCGACCGCGAGACACUCUGGUGCAGGACUACCUCGGCAGGGAGGGCGCCGAGCAGUUCCUCAGUGACUGGGACGAGGAGCGGUCGUCGGCAUCGUCCUUAUCUUUCUCAUCGCUGCCGCUACAGUCUCCCCUAUCCACUGGCGGAAGAAGCCAUGGUGGCAGCAGGAGCGCUAGCUUCGCUACAGGGCGUCCAACGGAGGUAUCCUUGCGGGCACAGCCGUGGACUCCGCCGCCGCCGCCACCACGGCCGCCUAUACCGCCCCUUCCACCAGAGGAGCUCCCCUCUCUGGCGGGGAGUAGUGGACAGAUUCCCUGGGCGUCAGAUUCCCCGGGUCACACGACAAAGGGAAGUGCACCGUGUCCUGGUGCUCCCGAAAGGGGGGAGGAACCGUCCACGGCGGCAGCGACGGCGGUGGCAGCAGCCGCGGUGGCGGCUGCCAGACGCCUGCGCGAUCCGGACCUGAAAGAAUGGACCAUGUCCAUGGUAGCGUUGGGCAAAGUUGCGCGCGCGGGAGCAGGAAGGACGGCGAGUGACGUAGUGGUACCACCGCAGAAGGGUUUCGGUGACGGCCCUUCAAUAGCUGCGGCGAUAGCUCCUUCUGAAGCCGAUCGGUUCGAGGUCGUUGAUGACGGGGACGAAAGUGCAAGUAGUAAGGGUGGUUAUAAUGUCGAGGGUGGAGGUGGUUGCCGUGACAGUGAUGGUACUGGUGUCGGCAAUGGGGUUGGAUGUACGGGUGUACGAAGGGAUGGAGGUUGCUUCCGAGGGGAGGAUGUUGACGAGGGUGAAGUUUGUACGAUCGAAACAGUUGCACCGACAGCUUCUGCUGCGGCUGUUGGGGUAGUGGAAAGGGGGCCGAAGAGCCCCCGACAGCAGUGUUCUCUGCUCGAUUUAGCGGACCAGAGUAUCGACGAAAUUUAGGGGGUUUUCCGUCCCUGUAAGUACAAAUGCGAUGUUUUCCUGGCAUACGCGCAACCGAAGCAGUGGGGAGUAAACCUGCAUUACUUUACUCCACCUUUACACGUCGUGGGUGUUUCUUUAGCUACAGUGGGAUCGACAGCGAAAACCGGAUGGCCCAUGG